UGCUACAAAUUAAACCCUAACUCUGAAAAAAGGACCCUUUCCUUCGUAAACACAAAAUCCAGCUUUGUUUUGGUUUGAUCUUUGGCUAGUUUUAUUUUUUCCCAUUCAUUUCUCUGAUAGAAAUGGUUGGAAAUUGCUGCUAGGCUGAUGCCAACGUGUGUGUAUUUUUUCGGAUUAGAGGAAUCAUGUCUUUUGGUGUCGGUAGGAAAGAGACCCAGCAGCCAGCGCCGCCGAGCACUGUUCACAACGGAAAUUUGGUCGGGGUAUUGCCAGGCAUGGCGACGGCACACCGUUUACGGCUGAACCCUAACACAGAGCAUAAGCCGGAGAGCUACGAGGGUUUGCACUUGGAGUUUAGUCCGCUUCUGUUCAGCUCACUGGAACGUUACUUGCCUCCUCCGAUGCUCUCACUCCCUCGCGAUUCCAAGCUCCAUUACAUGCGCGAUAUCAUCCUUCGUUACUCUCCUGAUGGCGAGCGUACUCGAGUUCAAAGGCAUCGGGAAUACAGGCAGAAGAUUAUAUCAAAUUAUCAGCCUCUGCAUAGGGAAUUGUAUACCAUGCAUGCCUCAAACUUCUUUGUCCCUUCAUUUCUCAAAGCAAUUAAUGAGAAUAAAGAGGAAGGCUUUAGAAGUAUAAUGGCUGAACCUAUGCCAGGGGUUUUUACUUUUGAAAUGUUUCAGCCCCGUUUCUGUGAAUUGUUAUUAUCUGAGGUUGAAAACUUUGAAAAAUGGGUCCAUGAGACAAAGUUCAGAAUCAUGAGACCAAACACGAUGAACAAAUUUGGUGCUGUUUUAGAUGACUUUGGCCUGGAGACCAUGCUUGACAAGUUGAUGGAGGACUUUAUCCGACCUAUAUCCAGAGUAUUCUAUUCUGACGUGGGUGGAUCUACGUUGGAUUCUCAUCAUGGCUUUGUUGUUGAAUAUGGAAUUGACAGGGACGUUGAGCUUGGUUUCCAUGUGGACGAUUCAGAAGUCACCUUAAAUGUUUGCUUGGGUGAAAAAUUCUCUGGUGGGGACUUGUUCUUUCGAGGUGUUAGGUGUGAUAAGCAUGUCAAUUCAGAAACCCAGUCGGAUGAAAUUUUGGAUUAUUCACAUGUCCCAGGACAUGCAGUUCUUCAUCGUGGGCGCCAUAGGCAUGGUGCAAGAGCCACAACAUCUGGUCACCGGAUCAACUUACUUUUGUGGUGUAGAAGUUCGGUCUUUCGUGAGCUGAGGAAAUACCAGAAAGAUUUCUCAAGCUGGUGUGGAGAGUGCCAACGAGAGAGAAAAGAACGACAGCGCGUCUCGAUCGCUGCAACCAAACAGGAACUACUGAGGAGGGGAGGGAAACCCGGGACCUGAACAUGAGAUGUUGGCGAGAUUUUAAAAUAAGCUUGGGAUCAUUCCUUCAAACUCAUGGUAAAAUUUAGUUGUCUUGUUAAUUUGGUAAAUUAGGCUGGUAAAAGAUGAAGGGUGAAUGCUUGUACUUGAGUGCU